AUGGAUUUAUUACUUUUUUUUUACUUUUUAUGUGGUAUCGCCAGUUUCUCAUUAGCAUUUUUUAUUAUCAAAAAAUACAAUAACAAUAAUAAUAACAAUUACAAUAACAAUAACAUUAGAAACAACAAUAAUACCACCCACACCCAAGACCCAAUCAACCCAUCUGCCAUUGCAUCAUCUGCCUCUACAUCAUCUGCCUCUGCCUCUGCAUCAUUUGCCUCUGCACCAGCAUCUUCUGUAUAUACACGAUCUGCACCAUUUGUAUCUGUAUAUGCACCAGGAUCAUCAAUACCUGCAAGAUCUGCAUCAUUGGUACCUGCAAGAUCUGCAUAUGCACCAUUUGCAGAGGCAUCAGUAUCUGCACCAGUAUCAUAUGUAUCAGCACCAUCAGGAUCAGAAUAUGUAUCAUCUGCACCAGCACCAUCUGCACGAUCUGCCUUUGCCUCUGCCUAUGACUCUGCACAACCAGCAUUAGCAUCAGUCUCUGCACCAGCAUCAUCUGUAUCUGCAUCAUCUGUAUCUGGAUCUGCACCAGUAUCAUCUGUAUCUGCACUAUCUGCCUAUGCAUAUGCCUCUGACUCUGCACCAUCAGCCUCAGUCUCUGUACCAUCACCAUUAUCAAGAACCACAAAUUUAGAAAGCCAGUAUCCAGAAAUAGCCAUGACUGGGCGUCUGGGCGUCCACAUCAACUGGCAAUAG